CAUGGACCUUCUCUAAGUUGUCACGUAAUACUUAUUGGACAGAUGAGGCCACCAAGGCUCAGACACAGCAGCAAAGGCUUCUUGGUAAGCCCGGCAGAAGCCGAGGGACCCAACCCAUGGAGAUAUGCUGGAAGAUACAGGCAGGCAAUGGCUCCACUGAUGGCUUGGAUUUCAACCCCAUGAAGGAUUACAUGAUCCUGGGCAGUUCCCAAAAGAUAGCUAUCGCGGUGCUGUGCACCUCUCUGGGCAUACUAAGCGCCCUGGAGAAUCUGGUGGUGCUCUACCUGAUCCUGUCCUCACAACGGCUCCGCAGGAAGCCCUCGUACCUGUUCAUUGGCAGCUUGGCUGGGGCUGACUUUCUGGCCAGUGCGGUCUUUGCCUUCAACUUUGUAAAUUUCCACGUCUUCCAUGGCUUUGAUUCCAAAGCUGUCUUCCUGCUGAAGAUUGGCAGCGUGACUAUGACCUUCACGGCCUCUGUAGGCAGCCUGCUGCUGACCGCCAUUGACCGCUACCUCUGUCUGCACUACCCACCUACAUACAAAGCCCUACUCACCCGUGGGAGGGCACUGGUGACCCUGGGCAUCAUGUGGGUCCUCUCAGCAUUGGUUUCCUCUCUGCCUCUCAUGGGAUGGACUUGCUGUCCCAGGCCCUGCUCCGAGCUUUUCCCCCUGAUCCCCAAUGACUAUCUGCUGGGCUGGCUCCUGUUCAUUGCUGUCCUCUUCUCUGGCAUCAUCUAUACCUACGCACAUGUCCUCUGGAAGGCCCGUCAGCAUGUAACCAGCUUGGCUGAGCACCGGGACAGACAAGUGCUCGGAAUGGCCCGGAUGAGGCUGGAUGUGUGGUUGGCCAAGACCUUGGGGGUGCUGCUGGCUGUGCUCUUAAUAUGCUGGGUCCCGGUACUGACCCUCAUGGUCUACAGCCUGGCCACCACUCUAAGCAAACAGGUCAAGGAGGUCUUUGCCUUCUGCUCCUUGCUCUGCCUUGUCAACUCCAUGGUCAACCCCAUCAUCUACGCCCUGCGGAGUGGGGAGAUCCGCUCCUCUGCCCGCCACCGCCUGGCCCACUGGAAGAAGUGCCUGAGGGGCCUCGGACCUGAAGGAAAAGAAGAGUUCCCGAGGUCCUCAGUCACUGAGACAGAGGCUGAUGUGAAAAUCACCCCAGGGCCAGAUUCCAGAGAGCUGUACUGCUCUAAUCACUAAUGAGGUCACUUUCACAAUUUUAAAUAAGCCAAGUCAGAAAUCAUUUCAAUCCCUGGAGGAGAGUGUCUUUGAUCCUCUCAUCUUACUUGAACCAGCCCCAAAGGCCUGGACACUUACCCCUUUUCACUGAGUGUUGGCACUGACCCCUGGAGGGUAACCUGGCCACGCCUGUCUGCACACAGUCUGUUGGGUAGCCAGGCCCUGUGAGGAGCGGCAAGGUGGGCAGGAGGCAGGAGGCCUGGAACAGGCUCAUUGCAUGUCAGGACAACCUUCCCCACAAGACGGCUUAGUGCCUGCAUUCUCUAGAGACCACGGGAGCCAAGCGGAGCCUUCAGCCUCAGCAGUAAAGGGCCUGGAGGAAAUCUGGGAAGAAUGGAUCACUCUCCUGGGAUCUCAGGAUGGCUGGCUAGCCCUUCUUCCUGUUUAAUUGUUGGGUCCACCUUGGCUCUAGAGCUAUGAAAGGCCCUACCUGCAGGUCACCCUUUCCCACAGAGGACCAAGAACUGCAAUGCAAUGAGGACCUAGGAUGUGGAUCCACCUCUUGCAGAGAUAACCGACAAGCCCCCAGUUCAGGGCAUCUUGUCAUUAUGGUACCGGCCCUCUCUGACACCCUGGUAAUCCCCACUCACAACCAUUGUGUCCUCCUAGGUAUGUGGGGAAUACAGAGGAGACUGGGAUCGCUUGAGAUGCAGAUUGGUUUUGUGAAGACCUAUUUGAUAGUACCACUGGAAGCAGGCAGUGUCCCAGGCUAACCCAACUCCAAAGAAAAGGAAGAUAUUCACAGGGAUUUUAUAAAUCCCCGAAUUGUUCCCGGUCAUCCCUCAAUUCAGCCCCCUUGUCUCCUCCACCCCCAUGCCCUAUAAUGAAUAAUAAGCAGAGCAAGUGGGAGGAGGGGGAAAUUCCCUUACUACGUGCCAGGUGUGGUUCUGACAUCCCACAGUCCAUCGUCUCCAGCAAGGAUUCAGCCCCAUACUUUUGGAGAUCCCAGGACACCCAUAUCUUAAUAUCAGGGAGGCUAGGUUCCUACCAAAGGGGCUUAAAGCAAGAGAAACUGUUGAUGGUGCGGAGGACUGCAGAGGAAUCCUAAUGCAAUUAUUUGGAGCUACAGAUGGAA